AUGGACAACGACAGCAAGACAGUCACAUACGUGAUGGACAACGACGCUUCCAACAAGACAGUCACAUAUGUGAUGGACAAGGACACUUACAGCAAGACAGUCACAUACGUGAAGGACAACGACACAGCAAGACAGUCACAUACCUUUGUCACAGAUGUUGGAGUGAGGAAUGUUGUCCAAGCUCUGAAAAAGACGAGAGAAGAUAUAUUUCUCUGUGAUACACACACCGGCAACCCAGUCGUCUUGUACUGCAAGUCAUGUGAGGUGAAGCUAUGUCAUGUUUGCUCAGGGGUGGACCACCGCGGGUGUGAAGGAGUUGUCUCCCUUCAGUCGGUUGCCGCUGAAGAGAGAAAGCAUGUGACGGGUCUCUUGGUGAAACUGAAAACGAAAACAGGAUCGCUGGAGAAGCAAAGUGAGGGCUUGAAGCAUGAAACCGAGAUGCUGAAAAAAAGACGCCACGAAGAAAUUGAGGCAGCCAGUGAGAGGUUUGGCAAGGUUCGUCAAAUACUAAGUCGACGCGAGGAACAGCUCAUCAACGAAAUUGAAAAGGAGUUCGGAAAAACUAAGAAAGGAUACCAGUUGCUUGUUGAGAGCCUCCGUGACGAGAUCAGGGCGACGACUGAGGCUGAAAAGUAUAUCGAGAAUUCUCUACCCAAAUCAGAUAUUCAACUUUUUAAUCAAAACUGCCAAAGACGCUGUCGUCCAAUUGCGUUCAAGAUGGACAAAACGAGCGACAUAAGUUUCGACAAGAAGGUAAAAUCUUUGAUGAAACAGACUAAAUUGUCAGACAUUGAACUUCUUCUCACGCAACAAGAAUCCGUUCCCCCGACAGCUUCACCGUCGAUCUCUAAAAAAAGAACAUACCCAUGGUCACCAAACAGCUCCCCAUCGUAG